CACAUCAUGUUUUGCAUCGAGAGCGUGCUUGACACGGAAAGAGGCCGAGGCUUUGCUGCAGAGGCCGCACCUGCUGCUACUCAGUGGGCGGAAGAGACGUGAGCUCCGGAGGAAAGAGUGACGCCAAGGUGACGGCAGCCAGAGCAAGGCAUCAAUGGGGCUUUGCAGUCUAAGGAUGGGCUUGAAAGUGCAUUAUUUAGUGAGUGUGCUGUUGUCAUCUGCACAGCUGCUGCUAACUUUACCCCUGACCGAAGAGAACCACCCGCAAAAAAUGUGCAGAAUGUGUCCUCCAGGUAAGUUCCAGAAGUCUUGCAACCAGUGCGAGCCGUGUCCUCGAUUGAGCUACACCGCCGACUGGAACCGCGAGGACGACUGCCAUCGUUGCUAUGGAGACUGCAGGCCCGAGUUUAACCAGAAGGUGAUUAAAAACUGCAGCAGCACGUCAAACCUCAAGUGUGCCUGCCAGGCGGGCUUUGGCUGCACCAGCCUGGUCCCGCACAGCGAGAACUGCAAGAACUGUGUCAAGAUAAGCGACGUGACCACAUUGGCAACAACAAAAGCACCACUAACAACAACAACAACAACAAAAGUCACUGUGACUUCAGAUGAACAUGAACAGACUCCUUCCCCCUCUUCCUCAGAAGACGACAGCAUCUCUGCAAGAUUGUGCUCAUCUCCAGAAUGCGAUAGACUGAGUGGAAACAGCUCACCUGUUAAGGAAGAAAAGAGGGGCACCGACCAGCUGGCGGGCAUCGUGUGUCUGGUGGUCGUCAUGGUAACUGCCACCCUGGUAAUCUUAUUCUGCAUCUGUCAACCCGGAGAAGAAACCUGCCUGAAGAGAGCUGUGAUGAAUUUGUACAAUAAGGGUGGUGGGGAUGCUGCAGAGAAGAAGAAGGAAGAGCAUUUCCCUGCAAACCCGUGUGGUGCUGUGCACGUCCACAAUGCAGGCACAGUCAUCUUCAGCUGGCUCAGUCACUUUACCGGCCAAGUGGGCCCCGUCAUGGAAGCCAGGAGGCUUGCAGAGGAGGAGCAGGAGGACCAAACGCCUUCUACUUUGUUGACUCCCCCCACGACCUCACCCAGCGUUCCACUUUCUGAGGAGGAGAGAAGCGGCAAAGCAACAGAAGUCUUCUUCCCCUCCCAGGAGGAAGGCAAAGAGUGGCACGUGUCCAAAGAGGAGGGGUUCUGAUGGAAGACUAUGUCACUGGGCUGGUGCUAAGUUCACAACUUCUGGGAAGAACGACUUGUCUGGUAGGACUGAAGCCCACAAUAAGUGUGAUGGGGCACCAUUUUCUUAAGGAUUUUAUAGAAAUACAGUGGAACCUCGAUUCACACACGCCUCUAUUUGGGUCCUUUUCGGUUUAUGAACGUUUACAUCACGCCAAAUAUGCCUCUGUUUGCGGACCAUGUCUCUGGAAACAAACGCUUCAUCCAUUUAUCCAUUCAUUCAUUAUUCUGUGUGCCACCGGAAGCUCUAUGGUGCCUGCUAUUUUAAAGGCCUACUGAAAUGAGAUGUUCUUAUUUAAACGGGGAUAGCAGGUCCAUUCUAUGUGUCAUACUUGAUCAUUUCGCCAUAUUGCCAUAUUUUUGCUGAAAGGAUUUAGUAGAGAACAUCGACGAUAAAGUUCGCAAAUUU